AUGCCAUACCUCUUGGAACGAGCCGAUGGCACCGGCAACCCACGCAUUGAACCCACACAAGAUCAGCGCAAUACCAUCAUUGUCGCGUGCUGCUAUGCGGUGGCGAUCGUAAUCCUUUGGAACGUACCCAUCCUCAACUACAUUCUCUACCCGUUUAAACUGCUUACGGUUGGGUUUCACGAAUUCUCGCAUGCCGCUGUGGGACUAUGUACGGGAGCCAAGAUCGAAUCCAUCACCUUGGAACCCAAUGAAGGAGGAGCAACGCGCAUGCGAGGCGGCAUCCCUUGGCUCACGCUCCCCGCUGGCUACCUUGGAUCGUCUGUGAUCGGUGCAGCUUUGAUCGCCUGCGGAUUCGAUGAACGUGCAUCCAAAGUCGCCAGCAUUGUCGUCGGUGUCUUUUUCCUCUUCACACUCUGGUGGGCAAGGCGCGAUUGGCUUACUUGGGUCUUGAUCCUCGCCAUGUGCGGGCUUUUUGUUCUCUUCUGGCUGGUCGCGUCAAGUGUCGCGCUUCGAUACUUUGUUCUUUUCAUCGGCGUCAUGAAUUGUCUCUAUUCGGUAUGGGACAUUUGCGACGAUUUGAUUUUCAGAAAGGUCAACGAAUCCGACGCCUCUGCUUUCAGUAAAGUAGUUGGCGGUGCACCGCAAUUUUGGGGCGUCGUCUGGCUGUUGAUCUCGAUAGCCUUCUUUGGAGCUGGAAUCGUGGUGGGUAUCUUGGCAUUCAAGACACCAGUAGCGCAGCAGCAGGCAAGCAAUUUCUUGGACGUCAACCUCAAACGUUCCAUGAUCUUUUCCGAGUUUGGUCCAUAG